AUGCCGAGAACUAUUCUCCGACUACGUGCUAGGCAGCAUAACCCCCUAGCGACCUGCCUUUGUCGGCUCCUCUUUCAAUUCUCCACUCUUUUCAGGUGCCUCUUGGAAAUCCUUUCUUCAAUAAUGGGCGGUCCCCGCCCCUCUUUUUCUCCAUCAGCAUGCGCCGGUCCUCCAGACUUCAUUGAAUUGGUCACUUUGAGCGGCUCCAAAUGAACACAGUAUUCCAUAAGUUGCCUUGGAGAAGAUCGUACAAUUCCAUUGCGCGUGGUACUUCCCACCACUUCCUUGGAUCUUCCACUAAUCCUACACGGAGAUAGGCUAUGGAAGCUUUUAGCACUCCAAUAUCUUCUGAUAGGAGAUCGUGCCACUGGUGCACAAAGUCGGCAAGGUCAUCGAGGUAUCCAAGAAUGUGGGUCCGCGCUCUCUGGUUUAUACGAUUCCAGCUAACAUCAUCGCAUGAGCGGGGCCCAUUCACCAUCCAAACAUGCGUUCCGCAGGAUAACCAGAGGUCAACCGCUGCAGUGAACUGAAUCCACGAAGGAACAUCCUCAGGUUCCCUUAGCGGCAUCACCCCCACAACGGUUCCAACUUCAUCAGCGAACAAGACGCGGUUAUUACGCCCGGACUUCACGGAAAGACCAGCAGUAAAACAGAGUAGUCCUUGGCCCUUUCCUGCAAAAAAUCAACCUUCUCAGAACAGCUGGCACCAGAAUGACGGUUCUGCUAUGCUCAUUGGCGUUCGCCACCACGGACGUAUUGUCGACCACUCCAUUGACGUGCCAUAUGCCAUCCGUAUUGAAUGAUCCUACUCGUAUCCCACGGCCAACCAGGCAGAAUCGUGUGAUUAAACCGUGCCUCCUGAAACCAUACCACUCAUCAACUUGACAUGUGAACACCGGAAAUGAAGAAACAGUAGGCAACGGCGACAAAUUUCGGAUUCAGACCAAGCAGCUACUAUUAAUGAUCCUUUGCACCUUGCACGAGACUGAUCCUUCGCUCAACGAGAUAGUUAACACUCUGGCCGCAUCCAGAACACAUUGCCUUCCUUCGCCAUCUGCUGGAAGUGGCACCGAAGGUAUGACAUCGGGGAUGGUAAUCUUCUGACUUCGCGACAAGAUGACAACGGGGAACCAGGACGUCGUCCACACGUCGUAGUCGUUGACAAAUCUUUACGUACUGAUAGUCUUCCACAGGCGAACUCUCGCGCGCUCUCCUUUUAUCUUUAGGACAUCUGCCUCUUCUCCGCCUAGUGAAUUUUCCCACUGGUUCAUCACUAAUUUCAUCUGGGUCUUUGAUCAAAAGAUCGAACUAAACCCUCUCUGGGUUUUCAAUCUCGCGGUACGGUGGAUCCCUCUCACACGCUAGCCUGGGAUUUUUUGCAUGGCUCCGCUCUCGCGGCAUCUUCAUGAAAUUCUUUCACCUACUUUCGCCAAAUAAGACUUGUCCACCGCCUUUGUGUCACCAUAGUAUUUCUUCAUGCAUUCUCUAUACCUUUCCGAGCGACUUCAUCACGGAUCACUCGCAUACCGCGUACAAGCUCCGUUCUGUUGUCGUCGAGGUCAAUCUCACUAAGGCGCACUCUACUCUCACGCAACGAGUUCUGGGGAACGACCGGAUCAAACCAUAUAGCAGGAAGAACGGACUUUCUCCCGUCCCUGCAUGCGGUGUAACACUGCACGCGAAGGCUGCAUUCGUGAGCCGCAAAUCCCACAUUUCUGGCACUUCUAUCUUUUUCUUCAGAAUUCGCUGCGGGAUCCCUAUCGCUUGCUCUGCUGCCACAUCCUCUCAUGAGUUGUACCCUUUUGUGGCAGUGUGCUUGAUACCGGAAAUUUUUGCAAGUUCAUCGAGCAUUUCAUUCACGAGCUCAGUUCCCUGAUCCGUGUGCAAUUGCUUCGGCCAGCGACCUCCCUCGCAUAUCCAUCGCUGGAAUAUCACUACUGCCCUGGAGGUCGCUGUCUUGUCCUUCAUUGAGUAAGCGCCUAGACAUUGUGGAGAAAUGAUCCGCAUGUGCUAGUAUAUACUUCAUGCCACUGGCACUGAAACCCAUUUUAAAAUAUCGGCGUAUACGCAGUCGAACGGUUUGCUCGCCACAAAGGGCUUCAGUGGCGGCGUAUUGGUUGGUCUGGGAUUUGUCAGGGAACAUUUCCUGCAGGCUCGCACCCACAAUGUCUGGCAAUGUCUUUCUCCAUGGUCCCCCAGAAGACUAUUUCCAAGUAUUCGACACAUCUUCUUCGCCGAGAAAUGCCAUGCGAAACAUCCUCCGUGUGCCUCACCGAACACCUCUAUCCUUUUUGAUUUGGGAACUACAACCACUGCAGUCCCGUCUUCUCGCAGCAACUUCAGGGCGCCUUCCUCCACCAUGAAGUCUGCCACUUUCAGUCUUUUUGCCAUGCCAGACAACUUAACAUAUUCGUCCAGUCUAUUUGCCCUCAAACUUUCGAAGACUCUGCUAUAGUCUUCAUCAUUUUGCAGCUCUCUCAUCCACUCUGAUGUUCGACUUCAGACACCGAACAAACAAAUUGUCUUCUCCUGAAUUGGGUAUUUCGUCUACCUUCCCAUCCGCUGGGAGUCCUCUUGUCGGCAACGGCAUUGGCCUUGCCUUACACGUAUUCGAUGCUAAGCCUGUACUGCUGAACCUCUUAGCACACUUGCGGAAACAUUUUGCCUCUUGAAAAGGACCGUGAGCGAUCGAUGGUCCGUCCUCACUAUAACGUGCAUGCCAUACACGAAGAAGUGGAGCUUACGCGAAGCCAUUACAAUACUCAACGCCUCCAAAUCGGUUAUGUGGUAAUACCGCUCUGCCCUUGAAACUUUUUCGACACAAAAUAGAUGGGAUGCAGGAAUCCGUCCUGUCCCUUUUGUGACAAAACAACCCCCACUCCAAUUCGGGAUACGUCCGCGUAAAGAAUAAACGGGCGCACACCGCUGCUCGUUGCCUCAAUGUCCGGCUGUGCCAACACAGGUGGCUGCAUCAGACCUGCCUUCAGUUGCUCAGAAGCUUCUUCUUCUGCCCUAUGCCAUCGCAAGGGCGCUUUCGUAGUGGUCAACUCGAACAAGGGACGUGUGAUACUUGAAAAACCUAGCACGAAUUUCUGUUAAUAUCCGCACAAGCCCAAAAAAGUACGCAUUUCUGCCAAACACGUUGGAGGUGGAUAGUUUUGAAUUUUCUCGAUCUUGACGGGAUCAGCGUGAACCCCUUCACUAUCCACUUCAUGGCCAAGGAAGGCUACUUCCCUCCACAACAGCAUGCAUUCCCGAGGCUUUAGCUUCAAAUCAACCCGUUUCGUGGUCUCUAAAACGGUCUCAGCAUCUUCAUAUGCUGCUACUUGGUUUCCGUGGCAAUCAGCACGUCUUCAAUGUACACGAAAACGUGUUGGUUAUCAUGUUCCCCAAAACUGAGUCCAUGAGUCUCUGAAACCUUGCUGCGGAUGUGCACAGGCCAAAGGGUAGGACUCAAAACUGGAACAAGCCUUCGGACGUUACGAACGCACUCUUUGUCUUCGCAUCUUCCGACAUCGGGAUUUGCCAAAAUCCCGAGGCUAUGUCCAGCGUGCUGAAGUACUUUCGACCUUCUAGGCUAUGAAGAAUCAUAUCUAUCCGCGGCAGUGGGUAUGCGUCUUUUUUCGCAUUUUUGUUAAGCUCCCGUUAGUCGAUACGCAAUCGUAACGGUCCAUCUUUCUUUUUCACCAAAACGACCGGCGAUGCCCACUCUGACUGCGAAGCUUCUAUAAUGCCUCGAUCCAGCAGUUCCUUGAGCAUUCCUUUGAAUUGCGAUCGCGCACCUUUGGGCACAGGUCUUACCUUCUGACGAAUCGGCGACGUUCUGUAUGACUAAAUCGGUCUGUGUCAGUUCUCUGUCUUCCACGGCGAACACACUCGGUCACGAUUCUCCAUAAUUCCCAUCGUCCUCCUCACAGUGCUUCCUAUUCUCUCUCAAAAGGUUAUCCAUCAACAGUUUCCUUCGCUUUCUGCAAUGCUUGCUUAGCUAAUAUCAAAACGCCCGUUGCUACCCUAGUUGUCUUCACUGCGGUGCACUCAACAUCAUCCUGCUCGAACUUGUCUACUUCUAGACCGGUUCGAAAAAUUAGCGGUUCCUUCUGCUGUCUGCUCCCUUUAUCCUAUCAUUUGGCGUAG